AGACACGUUUCUAUUGGUCGUCUGAUCUGAGUGACGGCUCAGAAACAAGAGGAAUGUUUCCAGACUGUAUCUCUGCAUUUCCAAUAAAACAUUUUUCUCUGUUAGAUUUGAGACUCCGCGGUAACGGAGCGAUGAGUCCGAUCAAUCAGAGGAAGGAACGACUCGCCGAGAUGACGCCAGAGGAACCUGAGCCGCUCCGACACAAAUAACCUGCAGAGGCUGGUCAUGGGACUGAGCCAAGUCUCCAGCGUCAGCCCCGACAUCGGGCUGGUGGCGGCGGCGGUGGCGAGCGGCCAUCCCAACACGUCCGAGCCCGCCGCGUCCAUCCCGCCGUCGUCGUCCUGCAGCAUCGAUGAGUCCUACAAGUACGUGUUCCUGCCCGUGUGCUACUCGCUGACCUUCCUCUUCAGCCUCACGCUGAACUCCGUGGUGCUGCUGCGCUCCUGCCGCCACCACAGCGGCUGCUGCGGUGGCGCCGGGAGCGGCGGCGGGGCCGGGCGACGCUGGAACACGUCUCUGAUCUACAUGGUGAACCUCGCCACCACAGACCUGAUGUACGGCCUGUCGCUGCCCUUCCUAGUGGCGAGCUACGUGCUGAGGGACCGCUGGGUGUUCGGAGACUUCAUGUGUCGCCUCGUCCGCUUCCUGUUCUACUUCAACCUCUACUGCUCCAUCUUCUUCCUCACCUGCAUCUCCGUGCACAGGUAUCUGGGGAUCUGCCACCCGAUGAGGACGAUCACUCUGGAGAGUAAGCGAGUGGUGAAGGGGACCUGCGCGCUGGUCUGGGUCGUGGUCUUCAUCCUCACCUGCCCCAUCUUCAGGUUCGCCCAGACCGGAUACGUCCCGCGGCGAGGCGGCGGGGUCGAAGGGGCGAGGGACGUCAUGAACGGGUCCCAGCCGGAGGACGAGGGCGGCUACACCAACUGCUGGGACGAUGCCAUCGACAAGGAGUUCGCCGACUACGUCCCGUACGGCAUCGUGCUGCACCUGCUGGGCUUCUUCGUGCCCUUCGUCAUCAUCGCCUGGUGCUACUCGCAGGUGGUCAGGACGAUAUUUCAGACGCUGCGCUCCCCGCCCAGCUCCGUGGAAGGCGGCGAGGACGGCCCGGUGGGAGACGGAGCGUCAGAGGGCGUCAGAGAGCGGGAGAGAACGUCGGUGUCCAUCUCCGGCUCGCAGUACUCGCACUACAUCCGGCGGCGACGGAAAUCCAUCAAAACCAUUGUGACCAUCACGCUGCUGUUCGCGCUCUGCUUCCUGCCGUUCCACGUGACCCGGACGCUGUUCCUGCUGCUGCGGCGCGGCCAGGUCGGCGGCUGCAACGUCAUGAAGACCGUGUCUAUCUGCUACAAGGUCACGCGGCCGCUGGCGUCCUGCAACGCCUGGCUCAACGCCCUCCUCUACUUCCUGACGGGAGACAAGGGUGCCCCCUGCUGCUGGCCGGCGGAGCACAGCGUCCGCCGGGACCGCCGCAACGGCUCCCUCUGGUGGCCGCUGAAGAUCCUGAAGAAGGACGGCGUGGGCGAGGACGACCAUGAGGCGGCGGAGAAGAUCGAAGAGGUGGUGCACAUGGAGAACGAGUCCAAGUCUUCAAGAGUCAUCUUCUAGAAAAUAAAAGACUCAAGGUGACUCAGUCCGUUCAAAGACUCAACACUUUAGCGGAUCGAUCUCGGAUAUUGAUCCGUUGUUUAACGAACAUCUGGGAUUCAUGCUUUUCUUUCCGGAUGGAAUGCCGAACUUUUCAAUC